GUGUGAUUGCUUCAGAUUGCGAUUCGUUAACGGACUGGUCGGAAGAUCAGUCAUGUACUUUGAGUGUCCCGUGACCUGUCCAGCUCGGACGAGCUGCGCCUACACUAGCCGUGCGCCGAAUCUGCAACGCAAUUACGAAGUGAUUGAACGAUACCGCGAUCGUAUUUACAUCUUCGAGGGGGAUCUGACACAUCAAAAGUUCGAUAGACAGAGGUUUAUCGAACAAAUCUCGGCUUCAUACAAAGCUUUCUUGGACGGUUCCGUAUCGUUGCAAUCAUUCGUGCACGUAGAACCCGCAUUGACAGGCUUCGUCUGCGAAAGUACAACAGACCUGCCAUAGUAUAGCAGGAGCGCUGCUCACUGAAGGCCCGAUGUGUCUAGACGUAGAACGGCU